AUGCAAAAUAAUAAGGAGACAUAGGUCAAGACCAAAAGAUUUUUCACGUCGUAGACUAAUACCAAACUCACUUCUAAGUAUUUGGUUGAGAGAAACUACUUGCUUUCAUCAGUAAAGAAGCUACUGGUUGUAACAGACACGGAUGUGAUUCUGUAUCCUACGAACUAAUUCCUGGAAAGGACAGACUAGAUACCAUUUACAGAUUUUUAAUCGAUUUAAACCAAUGAUAGAGACGAUAAAGAGUUUACAAUCAUCACUAAGAAUAAUACCUACCACACAUUCUCUUGCUUGGAAAGAAGUAGGCUUCUCACGGAAUUGUAUCUCUACUUUAUGCCCUACUCCAAAUAAGAUCAAGAGAAUGAAUCUGGCCAAGUCUAAUUCAAAUUUCAGGAGAGAGUCAUCCACUAGAGAGACAUCUAUCAUGAAGAAGAGUCAUCCAAGAGCGCCAUCUUCACAAUAUUCAACAGUCUUAUAGAAAUAAGCUACAAAAUGAAUUAAAGAGGUGACGACUUUAUGUUUUCAUCAAAGGCCAACAUGAUGAGUGGCGUGGAUCUUGGUAGCACCAUAUCAUUGAGAGGUGGUGAUACUUCUAAAAUUUCAAGUGUUGAGAACCAAUUAGUUAUACUUUUGAUUGAAAUCCAAAGUCUUAGAUCAUUAGAGAGCACUCUCUAUAUAAUGAAGCAUAACAUGGAUAUAUACAAGUUUGUAUUUCCAUCUCAAGAAAAACUAACCAAGGCUAUCACUACUAUUUUGAUGAAUGCUAAAGCAUAUAUGAACUACUAGGUUCAGUAUAAAAAGGAAGAUGAAAAGAAGGCAAAGAAACAGCUGCUAGAAUAGAAGAUGCCGAAUGAAUCAGAGUUUCAAACAAUUGAGGUGGAAUUCUUGAAUUAAUUCUACAAGACUGAGAAAGAACAACCUGUUUAUAUUUUUGAGACAGAAGGUCACCUAUUUUAAGAAAACGAUCUACCCACUAUUCCUGUCCAGAUUAGAUUGACUGAAGAUUAUUUGAUGGUAUUUGAAUCACUGAACUCGAAGAUCAAAAUCAAAUCACUUGCACAACUCAAAGAUCUCAAAUAUGUCAUCGUAAAUUAAGACUCUCUCCUUAAUGCCGAUGAUGUUAACUUGAUAUUUUCAUAGAAAAAUGGAUUCUAUCAAGAACUGUCAAUGAAAAUUCAAAAAACUGAUCAAUUUUUAUCAGCAACAAUAAGCCUGAGAAAUUUAGUAGCUCCACCAAAAUAUAGUCUUUAAAUCUUUAUGCACGAGCCAGAUUUCAACCAAAGAAUACAAGGCUUUAAAUACGAAAUUGAUUCAGAGUAUGAAACCUCGAUCUUUAGAAAAGCCUAGGAUGCCAUGAUUGAUGCAAGAGAAAAAAAUGAAGUUGAGAGUGCAAUGGAGGCUUCUAUUAUUAACUAGAUUAUUAUGAACUCGAGUUUUGUUAGCAUGUAAAGACUUCCUGGACUAAACAUGAAAAUAUUUGCUGAGCAAUUGAUAGAUGCUGAUAUCAAAGAAUAUUUGGAAUUUGAAAAGAAAAACUGCUAGGAUGAGGAGUUUUAUGACUCUGAAGAAUCAGAAUCUGAUACAGAAGAAGACACAAGAAGUGAUGAGUCAGGAAAUAAUCAGGAGGAAUAAUAGGAUGAUAAUUCUUACUAUAGUGAUGAAGAAUAGUAUCAAAAGUAGAGAAAAAAUGAUUAAGUUAAUUUCAUCGAAACAGAAAAAUAAAGUAAUGGAUCUACUUAAAUCUCAUAACCCAUACAUUGUUUAUAUGGCUACUUAGGUUAUUUAUGCUCUUAUAUAUCCAAGCUCGAAAUGUAAAACAAGAAGCUCUUGCUUAAGGGAAAUUUCAAUAUAAUCAAAGUACUCAAGAAGAGAUUGAAUAAGUAUCGAAAAUUGUUUGAGAAGAAUGGCUUAAUGAAAAGCUUACAUUUGCUCAGCUAUACAUAGAUAUUGUUUACGUAUCUCUCAAAAAGAAAGGAAACAACAUCUGUUGAGGAUUACAAGUUCAUAAUAAGUGAAAUUUGCAGUGAGCAAGAUGAUAAAAAGCUUUUACAGAUAAUUGAUAGAUUGAAAAUGACUGAGCACUUUUGGUUUACUUUACGUAAUCAUAUUAAAUAUCAAAUACUUUUAGAUGGAGUGAACGUAUUACUCAGAAUAUUUAAGAAGAGCUUAUUCCUUUAAGUUGAAACUUCAGCAGAGCUGUUUAAAAACUAUAAUUGGGAUGAAUACGAGUGGAGUUAAUUCUUUAAGAUUAUUCAUUCAGGAAACUUAGAUAAGCCUGAGGUUUAGUGGAAUGAUGGCGUUAAGUAAGAGCUAGUUCAGAAUUUAAAGGAAGAAGUAGAUAGAUUUAUGAAAGAAAAGCUCAAGCACACCUACAUCAUGUCUGAUUCUUUUAGGGAACUAUUGCAUCCAGUCCACUAUUACGAUGCUGAUCAUUAAAUUAAGUCAAGAGUUAAAAAUCUAAAGUGGAAUUACAAUGAAUUUAGGGUUAAUUUUUCAGUUGAUAGGAAAAUGUUUAGAGUUUGGAAGUACUAUCUUUCUAGACUUCUCGUAGAAAACGGUGAAAAACCAAAGAUUGAUUUGAAGAUCUAGAAAUCAAAGCUAAUGAUAUUUUGGGAUGAACUACAACAAUAAUUUAUGCCUUCUGAGUCUGUUGAGGAAAGAGAAAUUAUCUUAAAAGUCAUGAUACUACUUUACAGCAAGAAUUAUCAUAUUAUUCAGGAAUUCAGAACUUUACCUUAUUGGCUUAGACUAUUGAGACUCAAAGAAUAUAAAAGAUCUCAUUUCCUAAUUCUUCAGUUAAUAAUUACAAUCUUAAGUGUUCAAAACUAAGAAAUUGCAGAGAUAAAUUAUGAAUCUUUUAUUGAAGCUGAUGGUUUAAACAUAGUCUUUAACUGUUUAAACUUUACCUUCAAGGAGUUGAAAGUUAACAUUGUAGAUGUAUUCGAUAAUGAUUCAGAAAAUGAAAGAAUUAUGCACACUCAGCUUCAAAAGAAGGAGUCAACCAAAAAUGAUAAUUCUACGAAUAUCAAUAUUGGUAUACUAUCUUUGAAGAUAUUAGACUUGAUAAUGAGGAAAGAUCUAAAUGCUCAGAUAUAUCCCUUGUCAAAGGCAAAGCAAUUUAUUUUGCUAGAGGAUAAUGUCUCGAUUCUAUCACAGCUACUUUUGAUUUAAAAUAAAGACUUAACAAGAGAGACCUUCAGCUUUAUUGAAACUCAUUUUUCAUCCCAAUAUUGCAUGUACAAGUUCAAAAGCACAGGAAUAGUAGAAUUUCUAAUUAUGUACUUAGACUCAGAGUUAUCUAAACAAGCAAUGAGUUUGCUUUAACUAAUGCAAGAAGUGUCCUUUGAUUACAAUGAUAAUUUGAAUCUAGAAAUGUUCUAUGAAGGGGACGAUUUAAAGAUGAUUCAUCAGGACCAUUCUGGAAACCUUAAGAACUCAAUUUUCUUGCGAUAUUUGCCUCUGCCACUUGUUAUAAAAGCAAUCUAGCCAGGAAACACAAAUGAAUUUAUCUAAAUCUUUUAAGAGAUAAGCUAUGAAAAAGCAACGCUUAUCUGGAAUAGACAAAUGAGAGAAAUGCUAAAAUAAUAGAUUCUAAUGAAUUCAGACCAAUUGAUCAGUGAUCUUAAUGAAUAUGCUUAUAAUUUCAGGCACAAUAUGCAAAAUGAUGAUCAUUUCUUGCCAAAGUUCAACACACCUUUAAUAGACAUCAUUAAAUACAAAUUCAUUGAAGAAGAAGUUAGAUGUGGCUAAUACUACUUAAGAGUUUGGACUUAAAUAAAUUGGUAAGAUCCAGACUUUUUCUGGAUACCUUUAGAAGAAGAGGAUGAUUUCGUUAAAAACCUCCAAGCCAGUAUAAAUGAUGUCAUUUAGCUAACUUAAGAACAAGAAUCUGAGUUCCAAGAAUCACAAAAAAAUAGGCUAUUAAUUUUACUCAAGUCUAACUUACUAGCCCGAGAAACUUUCAAAAACAACAAAACCUUUUGUUUCGAUGAGAUUCACAGAAUUUGUACUUCCAUUAUUAAUAAUAAAGGUAACCUUUAUUAAGCUUAAUUUAUUUUAGAUAUUGAAUACAGUCCUACAAUUGAUAAAAAUGCUGAUAAUUUGAAAAUGGUUAAUUCAAAGAAUGGAAUAAAUCUUAUUUGUGAUACGAUAGGGUAUAUGCUUUGUAAUGCAGGAAAAGGAACUAAAAGCUAGUAAGAUACCUAGAAUAUUGCCAAUUUCGAUGAUAAAACUGCCAUUAAGUAAAGUGAGUAGUCUGAAUAGUCAAUAGAUUUACCAAUGAACUUAGAGGAAAGGAAAAAAUAAAUUGCUUUGUAACAGUCGAACUAAAAAGGUAACAAUCUUGAUAAAAUCGAUUAAAAUAUCUCAUUGAUGAUUGAUAAGACUGAAGCUUAAACUCUCCAAUUCUGCAUCCUUUCGAUUAAUAAGUUAAUACAGGAAGAUAUUGAUGCUUUUAUUGCGAUGAGUUAGUAGUUUAAAGUUAUGCCUAGUAGAAGAAACUAUUAAAAGAGAAAGCCUAAAAGCUUGCAAAAGACCUUAAUUUAUCAAAGUAACACUAGCAAGAAGAUAAUGUUCUAGAAGUAACCCAGCGAUAAUAAGCUUUUAUCUCAAAAUGAGUAAUCUUACUCAAACAUCGUUAGAUCUAGUUCUAAGUAAAGUGUAAAGAGGAGUAAAAACAUAUAAAUUGAUUUUACAGGAGAACAGCAAAAGAUGAUAGAGAGAGAAAUAGCAAUGAAGCUAGUCUUUGAAUUAUCAAGCUCUAUAUUAAAUUUGACAAUGCAAAUAUCACUUAACCCUGCUCUUCACCCAGAGUUAAUCAUUAGCGGAUUUGCUUGGAAAUGUUUACAGUAAUGCUAUUUUGCACUUUGGCAAGAUGAAAAAAGAGGUCUCGUUCAUAAUUUCUUAAAAGACGCUAUUGCAACUAUUCAGCAUUUAACUUCAUUCUCUUAUGUAUUCACUCAUCAACUCUAAACUAAUAAUUCUCCUUUUGAAUAAUCCAAUAAAUUCUUCUAACUGACAAUGCAAAGAUUCUAAAAUCCAGAGAGAAAAGAUAUCAUUAUUGACUUUUGGUUUGAUAUGAAAAAGCUAUUAGAGAAAAAGAUUCUUGACAAUCUUAUUAUAAAAUUCUCAUUCGAUUAAUAUACAAACAAAUUGGCAUUUGAUAGCUUAUACGACAGAGAAAUCUAGAAGUUUAUUAAGAUCUUUUCAAUUGAGGAAAAAACUCAUGAGCUAAUUUGGAAUGAUUAGUCAAGAGAGGAACUUUUGAAGAUUCUAACUAAUCAACUCCAAAACAUAGACUUCUCUUUCCAUGAUUAUAUUCAAAAAUUUGACUAUUCAGUAAACAUAAAUGAACUAAGAGUAGAGGGUAUUUUUGUGAAGUAGUUUAAUUCAGACAUUUACUAUAAACCAUCAGAUGUUAACCUCUUUGUGAAGAGUUUAUUAGAGUAAUUGAAAUAGAGAGUAGAAAAUACUCACUUAACUGACUUAAGCGACUAAUUAUUUGAUGAUGUAUUAGAAAUAACUAAGGCGAUUAGAAAUCUAAUUCAAUAUUAAAACAUCUUGAGCAAUAAGACCUUUGGAUUCUUUAAAGAUAGCAUCUCAAUGUUUUGCUAAUUGGUAAAGUUCAAGGAAAGUGACAGCGUUAAUGAGCAAAGGAUUAUCACUAUCACCUCUAUAAUCUUUGACAUUUUGAAGAUAUUUUCUAAGAAUUUGAAAUUUACUGAGAUUCUAAACAUUCUUAACUAUGAUAAUCUAGAUUCUUAAUUAAUUAUGAUAAAGCAGGGCCUUUUGAUGUUCUUUUUGAAUACAAUUUUUGAGAAAUCUUUGGAUAAAAAAAUUAGAAUUGAGAUAGCUAAAAUGAUUAGAUAUAAAAUAGAGGUUGUAUAUCAAGUUUUAGGUGCUUACAUGCCAAUAUACUUCUUUACACUUAUGGAGUACUAAAAGAACGAACUUCCAACAUCUGAAGAUGAGAUGGUGAACACAUUUUUGAAUCAUUUGGACUCUUAAUAUUAUGAAAAUUUAUUCUUGAGAUGGAAUUCAGAUUUAAAGGAGCAGCAGUUAUCAAAGAUCAAAGCUGAGUGUGAAAGAAUCUUAUAGAGCUUAUCAAGUUUCCAAGGAGAUUUUGAGCAUUUUGACUGCAAUCUAAUUAAUGAGCCAUAUCAAAAUCCUACUGUUGUUCAUGAGACCAUAAUAACUAAUUUGAUAGUGAGAGUAUUCAACAAGAACCCAGCUGUUUACAUUGCUGAAUUUACCAAAGGUUUAUGCAUUUAAUUGGACAAGUAACUGUUCUGUCUGCAAGAGAUAUUGAAUAUUUUCUCAAAAGGAGACUUAGAAUAUGAAGCUAACAAUGAUGAUUUUGUUGUACAAAUUAGAGCAGAGGUCUUUACCAUUAAACAAAUUAGGAAAAAGUUUAAAUACUGUUCAUAGCAAACUUUGCAGGUCAUGUCUGCAAUAUUGCUAGUCCUGGAACAAUAUCUCCUAAAUUCAUAUAACCCAAAUAAAAAGAGAAAUAGAAGCGAAUUAGGAGCUGAUCCUGAAAAGAGAAGUUAAUAAGCAAAAAGCUAGGAGUAAGCUCAGAAAAAGGACUCGCUCACAAGCUAAUCUCAUCUCUCUCUACCACAAUCUUAAGAACAAGCUAGAUCUAGUAUCUUUAAGACUAAAUCAUAAAUUCAAAUCCUAAAUUCGAAGCAGGUAUAAAACUUAAAUGAGGAUUCAUCAUCUAUUCCUCAAAUUUACUUAGAAUUACUUGCUGUCUGGUUUGAUUCAUCACUACUUACAAGUAGUAACACCCCUAUUGAACUGAGAAUGACUUUCCUGCAAAUGAUCAUUCUCACUUUAGACAUUCCUGAAAUUCUUUUAGCGAUUGGAGAUUAUAUUUUGGAAUUUACCAGCAGAAUUUUACACAAGAUAAUUGAUGAUGUAGAAACUAAAAAUAUUGAGGAUAUCAUGAGGCUAACAAUUGUUGAUAAAAUGCUGGCAGUUGGAGGCAGAGAGAUGAUUCUGAAGUUCUUCACCUUCAAUCAAUAUCAAAACUUCGAGAGUCUAAAGCGCAUCUACUGCAUGAACAAGAAACUGGUCAAUAUCAUCGAACAUAUUUUCAUAAUUAUGAGUUAAUAAGAGCAAUGCAAGCAGACGUUCACUCAACUCUCUCAGACUGUAAGUGAUGAUUUUAUAAUAUUGAACCCUUUUGCAUAGUAAGAUCAAGAGAUAAACUGGAAAGACAUUCUGAAGCCAAGAUUGGAUUAGAUUUAGAUGGGACAAGAGUUUGUAAACAUUUGGAGAAAUCGGCCAGCCACUGAGAGUGAGGCUCGAAAAUACUACUCUUACAAUGAUGUGACAGUGCUUGAAGAUAAACUCGAGGAGCAGAAUGUGACCAAAAUCAAAAACCUUCCCUAUAUCUCAACCAAGGCCUUCAAGGAAAUUAAGAAAGAUGAUCUUAUGGGAGAGUCAGAACUUAAUAUCCACAGCUUGGUUGAAGACCUAGGCCUGCUUGAACUUAAAGAGCAGCUUUGGCUAAAGAACAAAGUUAUAGACUCCAAGGAUAAUGAUGCGUCAACUUAGAAUUGA